AGAAAGCCAAAUCCGCCGCUUGGGGGUGCCACAGCCACCGCGUUACCGCAGCCAUGCGUCGUCUCAGCCACUUUCUCCUCCUCACCGUAGUCCUCGCCGCCGUCCCGCGCCCAGCUCACCCGCUCACCGAGCUCGAGUCCUCCCAAAUCCGCCGCUUCCAGGACUACCUCCGCAUCUGCACCGCACACCCUUCCCCGGACUACGCCGGUGCGUCCGCUUUCUUCCUCCCCUACGCCGCGUCCCUCGGCCUCGGCGCCACCACGCUCCACUUCACCCCUUGCAAGUCAAAGCCCCUCCUCCUCCUCACCUGGCCGGGCACCGACCCCUCCCUCCCUUCCAUCCUCCUCAACUCCCACAUCGACUCCGUCCCAGCGGAACCCGAGCACUGGAUCCACCCGCCCUUCGCCGCGCACCAUGACCCCGCCAACGGCCGUGUCUACGCCCGCGGCGCGCAGGACGACAAGUGCCUCCCCAUCCAGUACCUCGAGGCCAUCCGCGGCCUCCAGGCCGCCGGCUUCGCUCCCCCCCGCACCGUCCACAUCUCGCUUGUCCCCGACGAGGAGAUCGGUGGCGAAGACGGCCAUGAGAAGUUCGUCCAGUCGGAGGAGUUCCGGGCCCUCAAUGUAGGGUUCAUGCUGGACGAGGGGCAGGCGUCGCUGACGGACGAGUACAGGGUUUUCUAUGGGGAUAGGCUGGUGUGGAAGCUAAUCGUGAAGGCUACAGGGGCUCCCGGACAUGGGUCGAGGAUGUUCGACGGCGCCGCCGUGGAGAAUUUGAUGGAUAUCAUUGAGACUGUGGCUGAGUUCAGGGAGGCGCAGUUCAGUAAGGUGAAGGCUGGGAAGAAGGGUCCCGGGGAGGUGGUGUCAGUGAACCCCGUGUACAUGAAUGCCGGCACGCCGAGUCCCACGGGCUUUGUGAUGAACAUGCAACCUUCAGAAGCAGAGGUGGGUUUUGAUAUCCGCAUUCCUCCAACCGAAGAUAUUGAACAAAUCAUAAGAAGAAUCGAAGAAGAAUGGGCACCAGCUCAUAAAAACUUGACUUACCAGCUGAUGAAGAAAGGACCAGUGAGGGAUGUGGCAGGACGUCCCUUAGUUACCCAAACCAAUGAGUCAAACCCAUGGUGGUCUGUGUUUGAACAUGCUAUUAUCUCUUCAGGUGGAAAACUAGCUAAGCCUGAGAUUUUAUCUUCUACCACGGACGCCCGCUUCGUGAGGCAGAUGGGUGUUCCAGCCCUUGGAUUUUCUCCAAUGAUAAAUACUCCAAUAUUACUUCACGACCAUAACGAGUUUCUGGAAGAUAAAGUAUUCUUGAGGGGCAUUGAAAUAUAUCAACAUCUUAUUAGAGCGCUAAGCUCCUUCAAAGGCUGAUUCAAUAUAGGUGUACAGUGUACUACCAUUGUUGUAUUGUCAUCCCACGUCAAUUCUAUGUUGCCAAUGGAAGCCAUAUGGCCACAACUAUGAUGCGCCAGUCUACAACGGAAUUGGUUCAGGCUCAAGCACAUCAGAAUAAACAUGUUUGAAAUAAUAGAAAUCUGCUAAGAUUAACAAAUACAUUUUUAUGUACUAUGUAAAUUAUACUUUACUACUACCUCCGUCCAACAAUAGGGAACAUAUUAACUUUCCUUUGACCAAUGCUUUGACCACAAAUUACUCUAUUAAUAUAUAAUUAUAUGACAUAGUUUUAUAUCCA